AGCAGCUACUUGUCCACCAUGGCCACAGUAGGAUUUUGGUCUCAGAUGGGAACUUCUACGAAUGAAACUCAAUUACCACCAGAGUUUCUGCAGGAUUAUAAUUAUCAGUCGCUUCCGAAGCUGGGCAGCGAGGAGCUGGGCGGCGUCGACGGCCAGCAGCAGACGCAGUCCGGCCAGCCGCACUCCGGCCAGCAGCAGUCCGGGCAGUCUCCCUCUCCGGGCAACUUCGAGCCGAUCCCGCACGACCACGACUUCUGCGAGAGGGUGGUGAUCAACGUGUCCGGGCUCCGGUUCGAGACCCAGCUGCGGACGCUCAACCAGUUCCCGGACAGCCUGCUGGGUGACCCGACCCGCAGGAUCCGCUACUUCGACCCGCUGCGCAACGAGUACUUCUUCGACCGCAACCGCCCGAGCUUCGACGCCAUCCUCUACUACUACCAGAGCGGGGGCAGACUGAGGCGGCCCGUCAACGUCCCGCUGGACGUCUUCGCCGAGGAGAUCAAGUUCUACGAGCUGGGAGAGGUGGCCUUCAACAAGUUCCGCGAAGACGAGGGUUUCAUCAAGGAGGAGGAGAAGCCCUUGCCCGACAAAGAACUUCAGAAGAAAAUGUGGUUGCUAUUCGAGUAUCCGGAGAGUUCGCAAGCGGCCCGGGUCAUCGCCAUCAUCUCGGUGGUGGUCAUCCUGCUGUCCAUCUUCAUAUUCUGUCUGGAGACGCUGCCCGAGUUCAAGCACUACAAGCUGUUUAACACGACCAACAACAUGACCCGCGUCGUCGAGGACGAGGUCCCCAAGACGACGGACGCCUUCUUCAUCAUCGAGACGGCCUGCAUCGUGUGGUUCACGUUCGAGCUGCUGGUGCGCUUCCUCGCCUGCCCCAACAAGCUGGCGUUCUUCAAGGACGUCAUGAACAGCAUCGACCUGGUGGCCAUCAUCCCUUACUUCAUCACCCUGGCCACGGUGGUGGCCGAAGCCAAAGCUCAAGAACUGCCCAUCAUCUCGGUGAACGAGAGAGCAGGCAACAACCAGGCCAUGUCCCUGGCCAUAUUACGGGUCAUCCGUCUCGUCCGAGUGUUCAGGAUUUUCAAGCUGUCCAGGCACUCGAAGGGCCUGCAGAUCCUAGGAAGGACUCUGAAGGCCAGUAUGCGAGAGCUGGGCUUGCUUAUUUUCUUCCUCUUCAUCGGAGUUAUCCUGUUUUCGAGUGCCGUCUACUACGCGGAAGCGGACUCGGAGAGAUCCUACUUCAAGAGCAUUCCGGACGCCUUCUGGUGGGCCGUGGUCACCAUGACAACGGUGGGCUACGGUGACAUGAGGCCCGUGGGCGUGUGGGGCAAGAUCGUGGGUUCCCUGUGCGCCAUUGCCGGUGUCCUCACCAUCGCCCUUCCAGUCCCUGUGAUCGUCUCCAACUUCAACUAUUUCUACCACCGUGAGACGGACCAGGAAGAGAUGCAGUCUCAGAACUUCAACCACGUCACCAGUUGUCCCUAUCUGCCCGGCACAGUCGGGACUAAGUUGAAACGCGAUUCAAUAAGUGAGUCAACUUCGGACAUCAUGGAGCUCGAAGAUGGUGCUGCGGUGACCCCAUCCCCAGGAUCACGAAAACGAUCCAACCCCGGCCACACAAACAACAAUCAUACCUCGUCCGUAUCAGUGGCCGUUGAAACGGAUGUAUGA